GGUGGCAUACACUAAAGGCAUUAUUCGAGCAAAGUUUAAGCUCAUUAUAUUAAUUGCUUCUUGAUUUGUGUACUGGAAUCUAUGUAAAAGAAUCAAGUGGAAUUUAUAAUUGUUCUAUAUGGGAAGUAGGCGUGUUUAUUGUCCGAUUUCAUUCAUUUUCUCAGAGUCAUAGGUAUACGAAAAGAAUGCCACUUCCAAAUUUUGUCGAAGUCGGUCAGUCGGGUCCCGAGAUAUGGGAUUUCACCAAAAGGGGGGCGGUGCCACUCCCAUCGUCCAGUUGUUACCCUGGCCCCAAAAAAGCGGGGCUUUCAUCUGCUUUCAUUAAUUUUCACACUAUCGGUAGUAGUUCUUAUAAUAUUCGUGCUGGGCAAACAUGAUUGUUCUAACUUUAACAUACAUAUUGGAGCCACGCCCACUUUUUCAAAAUUUUUAGGUGACCCUUGCUACUGCGAUCCCCUGUGCCAAACUACAGUUGUAUAUCUUAAUAAAAUGCUUAGUUAUGGCAGUUUACAGCGGAUUUUCGUUUAAUGGCGUUUUGUGGGAAUGGCAGUGGUCCGAUUACGCCCAUCUACAAACUCGUAAUUUUUUUAUACUAAAGAACUUGCACUGCAUCAAGUUAUCUCAAUUUUUAUCAAGUUACAGCUUGCGAGGGCGGACGAACAGGAAGACAGUCACCCGGAUGUCAACUUUUCUCAUCCUGAUAAUUUCUUUUUCUUCUUUACUGGCGUAGAAACCGUUUACGCGGUUAUAACCAAGUUAAAAACAGAGCACCAGUCGUUUCUUCUUUAUACUGUUCAUUGUGGCCCAAACCCAAUACACAACCCUGUGUAGGGAAUGUUUCAUCUUCAGCUCGCCUUCAAACGGAUGUUCUUAGGCUACCCAGAAAAUACUUGAUCAAAGACCGGAAGUCAUGAGCUGCUUGAGCCAUAUGUAAAAGAAUUGCUUCUUGCCACUCCCUAGUAAAUGGCGAUCAGAGAACUUUCCUCUGUCUCUGUCAAAUAAUCAGGGAACGCGUUUGAGGAAAAAAUGAGAGCCAAUUCGAGAGUCUCGUAUCAUAUUAUCUCGAAGUCGCAGAACUCGCUGUGCUCGUAAAAUUAAAAUUAAAAGUGAAGUAUAAAGUGUAAAAUGUAAAACUGUGAAGUGUAAAAGUGUGUAGUAAAGUGCUAUGGAGACAUCCAAAAGCAAAUCUCCUACAUCAGAAAUGGGAUCGGAAAGCCAAGAAUCGUGCCAAAUCCUCGCAUCGUGGAAGUACAGAACCGGAAUCUAAUGGACAUAAUCAAGUCCUUGCCGAUACCAAGACCGGUAACAGACGCAAGACCUGUCCACGUUGCUUUGCCAAAAUUCAAUCCCGAUUGCGCUGGAGCGGAUGCCUCUGCAUGGUGUACAACCGUGGACCUUAUUUUUGAGGAAAAUAAGGCAUAACCUGGACUCAAUUUAAAGAGUUAUUUAUUCAACCGUUCGUGGGAGUCGAGACAACAACAGCAAUUUUAUUGAACGUUAUGAAUGGUCGUCCUAAAUAUGGAGAAGGGUUUGCAGAAUAUGGUAGCCGAAUUGUUACAUCACUCAUGUCCAAGUGAAAAAAUAAGGACUUGGAGGAAAUCGCAGUGUCGGUAGCGUUUGCACAUAUGGCGCAAAUCGAUAACAGUUUGUUGCGAUGAGUAUGUAUAUAUCCCCCAAUGUAACAAGCCGCAACGAGUUACAACAACAACUGCAGGCUCACGUUUUUAAGAAGCGUAAUAUGGAGGACGAUGCAACUGGCCCAGAGCGGAAGAAGUCCAAAUUCCAAAUUAGAUGUCACCAAUGCGGAAAGAUUGCCCAUAAAAUUGCAGAAUGCCGGCAAAGGGGAAAGAACGCAAAAGGAUACACUCACAAGGGGAGCAGCAAUGGUGUGAAAGAUCGAUCCAGUAUACGAUGCUUCAAGUGCAGCGAAAUGGGACAUUUCGCUACUUCAUGUCCUUGAAAUAAACUAUGUUGUCAAUUUUAUUAUAAUAUAAGUAUUUGAAUACUUAUAUUUGCGGGGUUGUCACUUUUUCCUCCUCAUACAAAUAUCAGACAUUGUUAAAUUUAUGAUUUUUAGCUUUCGCCAUCGUCGCGAAAGGACGCUUGUGGCAAAGGCAUGCUCGGGGAGAUGACACCAUUUGCUUUUAUGAAUGAAGCGAGGUUGCCUGUUGAAAGUGCGCUUGCGUUCAUGAAUGAAAAAGUUGUGGUUGUGUGUUUUUCUAUAAAUUUGGGCAUCGACUAUUUGGCUGCCAUGCCCAUUGGCUUGUGACGCUGCUGAUGGUACUUGAAACGAUUGUUGUUUUUGUAGAACAAUGUUUGUAAUUUUUUCGGGUGGCAUAUCUACAUAUAUACGCCUUUCUGUAGGCAAGUUUGUGUAUGCAUAAUUUGUGUGCCAAUGUCAAGCGAGCAUAUUUAUGUACAUAUGAGCAACGCGCAUAUGUCUGCUAUGGUAGACACCUUGCCGCGGUGCAGAGACUUAGUCGCAAGGCAUACUCGGCGCCCCCCAACCGGCGUGGAUGGUGCUAGCACUAUUCGGGCAGGUUGUCGGGAGCCGCAUGCGUGCGGCGACCAAGGACUACCACCUCCUAAUCCAGGGUGUCAUGCGACCCGUGUCCAUUGGAUGAUUUGCAGCCAGGAGGAACAUUCGGCUGUAUUUUAACGGAGCCUUCCCAACACCGGGCCGAAUUGGGAAGUAACGGUGGCCUUACCGCGCCAAGGGGCUCUGGUGCGGCGGACCUUCCCGUUCCCCAUUCAGAACAUAGACCCGACAGCUCACCCUGUUGAGCCAAGGGUCGAACGAACAAGAUGAACAACGAACAAACACAAAAACAAACAACAAGACUUGAUUUGAUGACGGACAAAAACCAACGACAAAGGACAACGGUAGAGGAUAAGGAGAAGGAGAUUGGAGCAGCGGAAGUUAAGGGGGGUCGAGGGGCCAGGCGUAAGCCCAGCUACCUUGACGCUCUCACGCCAGAGGAGCGCUCGCUGUUCGAGGAGCACGCCAGGGAGGAUGAUGACGACGUGCUCUCUUGCAGCGGAGCUCACCUGGGGGGAACGCCUGGUGCCGAUGCAACAUCAAGGAGCAUCGUCAAGACCCCCGGCGGAGGAUGCAGUGGGUCGGCCUCUGGUGAGUCGUGUCGGGCAGAGCCUGACGAAACUAAAAGGAGAAGGAGGAGAAGGCGUAGAAGAGGUGGGCAACACCCCUGCCAGAGGCUGGCCAACCCGGUGGGUGUGGGGAUCCACGCAGGAGAGGUAUGAGUGGCUCCACCAUGAGGUGGUACCUACGCCACCUACACGAUGGGAAAACCCCGGAGGAGGCGGAGGCUCUAGCCAGGAGCAAGAGCCAAUGGAGCAACGUCAACCCGGCGACUGGAUGCGACCACAAUGUGCCAGCUCGCGCGCAGGGCAGCGGUAGCAGCGGCCGUGGCCCGGUCAGCACUACGCUGUCCAUACGGCGGGGCGACAGCAGGGCAUUGCCCGCAGGCACAAGUGCCCAGGCCGGAAAACGAAAAAGCGGCCAAAUCACGCCACAGGAGCCCCCACGAUACAAGAGGGUGCGGGGCACAGACGCAAAGGAAACCGGGGCCAACAAUCUGGACCGGCUCCUCACCGGGUGGAGGAGGGGGGGCGCGGGUAUGAGGAUGCUGUUAGGGGCAUCCGCAUGGCUGUUCUGCCUCUCAAGUACCCGGCGGAGUCGCUAAAACCGGAGGAGCUCACCGUGCUGCAGGACAUCCUCAUGGACGAGAUGUGUGAAGGAGUGGACUACACGGCGACCUUCCUGGGCAUCGAUUUCAGGGGAGGCAUGAUGCAGGUAGACUGCCAUGACGAGUCGUCCGCCAACUGGCUGAAGGAACACGCUCCAAAGCUGGGAGGCUGGACGGGCCCUGUCCUCUGCGCGAAUAGGGUGGAGGAUGUGCCAAUCAUGCACAGCAUGACAGUUUUCCUCCCUCGGAGUGGGGACAGGUCCUACGAGUACGCCCUGGGCCUGGUGAGGAACCAGAACAGGGGACUCAGUAUCUCGGCCUGGUGUGUCGCCAGCAGCAAGAAGGAAAAGCUAGGCGAUAUUGAAGGAUGGAGGCUGAACGUAUAUAUUGACGACGAGUCUUACAAGUACAUUCGGGCCGCGAGCUUCCGCCUGUUCUACAGUUACAGCACGGUCGUUAUGCGGCCCUACAAGCCUGCUGACACCGGGAGCAAGGAAGCCAAGACGCCCGCGCCUCCACAAGACAAAGGCGUCGUUAGCCAGGCAGUGCCGGUAUCCGCCCCGGAGGAAACGAAGAUGGAGGUGGACGAGUCUUCGGAGCAGCCCUGCGGGAACAGGACUGGACAGGCAGUGCCAGGGCCGACUACAGACGUCCCCGACGAUGGCCGAAGCAUGGGGCUACCCUCAACGCAGGAGCUCUUAGACGGAUUUGGAGGCUCAAUCGACAGCAGCGCGGUUGACGGCGGGGUAGAGGAUCUUUCCCUCCUCGAGCCCAAUUUAUGAUGGCCGUCAACAUGGAGAUUGCCCAAGUGAACCUGCAUCAUGCGGCGGCAGCCUCAGCUGUCAUAAUAAGCAGGUUCACUGCGGAGAAACUGGGCACGCUGUUGAUCCAAGAGCCUUGGAUCCAUAAAGGAGAGGUAAAGGGCCUCAAGACGGAGGCAAACAAGGUAAUCUGGGACCUCUCCAGCGAGAGGCCUAGGACGUGUAUAGUUGUUAGAAGCAAUAUUGAUUUCUUUUGCAUUUCAGAGUUUCUGACGCAGGACUUGGUGGCGGUGCAGGCUAGGGACAGUGAGGGCAAAGGCUUCGUCCUAGCCUCAGCAUACUUUCCGGGAGAGGCAGCAACGGCACCCCCGGAGGCGGUGGAAAGGUUGGUGGAGCACUGCAGUCUGCAUAAGCUCCCCCUUAUCAUCGGUUGCGACGCGAACGCCCACCACACGGAAUGGGUCAGCACCGACUGCAACGCGAGAGACAUUAAUGACGAUCGUAAAAAGCGGCCACGAACCGCUUUCUCUGCCUCUCAGAUUAAAGCCUUAGAGACAGAAUUCGAGCGAGGUAAAUACCUAUCGGUCGCCAAGAGAACCGCCCUCGCGAAACAGUUACAUUUAACGGAAACCCAGAUCAAAAUUUGGUUCCAAAAUCGACGCACCAAAUGGAAACGGAAAUACACAGCCGAUGUUGAAUCGCUCGCCUCCCAUUACUACGCACAAUUAGGCAUUGGUGGUCUAGCUCGCCCAAUGGUGGUCGGUGACCGCCUCUGGCUCUUUAGCCAAUCACCCUCUGGUCCCACACCGUUUCAGUCGAUCAUGUUAAACAGCGGUGUACCAUCGACUCUGAUGUCAGCCACUAUGCGUCCUUACAGCACGAAUUUACCAUCUACAACAUCCACAGCCAGUGGUUCCGUAACUCCGGCUCUAAUGCCGCCAUUGCCAGUGAUUGAGAGUGCGCGAAACGCUAUAUUAGCGCGAGGGCAACCGCUGAAUUUCGCCUUACCCUACAGUUUAGCAACCGCAACCGCAGCCGCUGCAAGUGCUAACAACACAGAUAAUAACAUGAGCAGACCACCGCAGUUGGCGUCCCCAGCAAAGCACUACAGAGCGCCGGGUGAGUUUGUAGAUCGCUUCUUGGAGUAUAACACCCUUCCAAUGGCUACAGCUUUGGUCAAUGUUAACUCAUACUGCCGCAACGAAAAUUCAUUAACAAAUAACUCUACACAUGACACUUACUUAGCGUUAAAAUAUGGUGCAAUACCACCAGAAGGCGAUACAACGACCUCGAACGGCUUGGCCGAGCUUGAACGAGUCUUUGGAGAUACGAACGCUAACUUCUUGCAGAAGAGAAUCAAUGGCGUCAAUUUUGAGAAAUUGGGCUCGUCACGCAAUCCAAGAAACCACUUGAUGCCCUCAAUUUCGGACUCGGACUGCAGCGAUAUCGACUGUGAACAAAUCGACGAAAAUGACGACGUUUAACCUUUCUUACAAAAUGUACAUACUUAUAGUUGUUUAUACUUAAUAAUAGAGGACAAUUGUUUUAUUGAAUAUCUUAUGGAAUACUACAGUUAGCUUUAUAAGAACAUAUUCGUACUGUGGCACAAUAAAUUAAUUCAUUACAUUAUCAAAUGAGAGAAGAGCAA